GAGACCGGGCAAAAAGAAGGCCAUGUGGAUUAUUUAUAUUUCAAUAAAAUUUCAAGUUCGAAUAGGUCGCUUUUAGUAGGCAGACAAAUGGGCGAGCUUUUGCUGAAUACGCCAAAGAGAAGGCAAUUGCUCAAGGAUGGCCACCCCGUUUCCACCAGGUGCCAGAUACUAGGACGCGGAGCCUACGGCACGGUUUUCAAAGCUAUAUACCGGGAUCGGUCCGUUGCUGUGAAAAUCAUUCGAGCCCAGGCUUCUUCAACACUGCACAAUGAAUCGCAUUUGAUGAACUUGCAGCACAGGAACAUUGUGCGGCUUCUAAAACUAGAAUCCGCCGUGGAAUUCGGCUUGGUCAUCAUGGAAUGUCCCAGGGGACAAUGCCUGCAGAGGAUCGUAGACACUUUGGCGCUGCCACUGAUGCAUAGGGUUUUGAUAACCCUGGAUGUGGUCGCUGCUCUGAGAUACUGUCAUUCCCAGAACGUAUUACAUCUGGAUGUAAAGCCAACCAAUAUAUUGGUUGCCCUGGGAAUAACAUCUUCGGGGGUUGGCAAUUUAUCCAAGGUAAAACGCAGUUACAUCUGCAAGCUCUGUGAUUUUGGUUCCUCCAUUGAGAUGGGCGAAUCUUGCGCCAGACCAGAGCAAACUAGUGCCAAUGGAACCCUGAGAUAUAUGUCUCCAGAAGUGCUACGAUCAGACACUCUAUCCGAGGCCUCCGAUAUCUACUCCCUGGGCAUUACAAUGUGGCAACUGCAGGCCCGCAGAUUGCCCUAUCACCCGCUCGAUUGCAAUGAAACCAUAGCCUACCAGGUGGUCAAGCACGAACUUCGGCCGGAUAAGUACCAUCAAUUAAAGAUUCUAGCUCUAGAUUGCCCCAGCGACUGCGAUUGGAACUUUGUCAAUGAAAACGACGCCGACGUGAUAUGCAAGAGGGCCAGUGCCUCGGCCCGCCGUAAUCUGAGCCUCGAUCCAUCUUACACCGCCGGCCGUGAUCUGAAAAAGAAAUGCCGCCGGAACCGAUUAGCACUCCACUUCGAUUGUCAUAGCCCGGGGCCAGAGGCCAGUGCGUGCUUGGAAAGCGCCUACUCCAAACUUUACAAGAGCUGCUGGGUCAGCGCCCCGGAAUCUCGUUUGGGCUCCCUCCAGCUGAAGCAUGAACUGGAACUCAUUCUUUGCCGUACCACCUAAGUAGUUUAAGAGAUCGUGUUUGUUUGCGUUUUACGUUACUGAUUAGUAGUACCCGCCCAUACAUAUCUAUGUAAGAUUUUACCAACCCGCCGCGAUAACCGUUUUCGAGAGGCGAGGCCACUGGUUAGGUCAAUAAUUUAUUUUUCUGUAACUUCUUUUGUUUAUUUGUACUCGCUACGCUAAGAAAAUACAAUUAUAAUGUUUAUACGAGCUUA